AUGGCCCUGAAGCAAUGUAGCAUGUGCGACCGCACCUUCACCAAGCUCGAGCACGUGAAGCGGCAUGAGCGGUCCCACACGCGGGAGCGCCCCUACGAGUGCCCGACAUGCAAGAAGCACUUUUCGCGCAGCGACGUCCUGUUCCGGCACUGCAAAGGCCAUGCCCAGAAUGCCAUGAACCGGAUGAAGAACAGUGAGCAGCAGCAGCAGCAGCAGCAAAAUGCCUCUGCCCAGCAGCAACAGCAGCAACAGCAACAGCAGCAGCAGCCUCUGCGCCACAACUCCUUGGACGAUGGCCAGGCGUCGCGAUCAGCCGCCUCACGCUCCGGAAGCGGUCCGACUCAGAUGCCCACACCCUUGAUGCGCGAAGACGCCAGCUUUUCCUCCAUGGCCACCAGGACAGAGCCCCCAAUGCCCCAGAUCAACGUCAACCAUCGCUACAGCGCCCACCUGCCCUCGACUGCCCAUGGCCGUCAGCCGUCGUCGCGCUUGCAUCCGGCCUCACCCGGCGAAGACCGCAUUGAAGCGCUAAUCAAUGCCGCCCAGCAUCUCGAACCUGGAACCGACACUCCAUGGCGCUCCCCCUCGCCCAUGCUCAUUGCCCGCGCAGAAACGGCUCCCGCGCAAAAUCGCAACCAGCAUGACGGCAUGGGCCCGCCAAUUGAUCCGGCCAUGGAAGUCCUCUCAUUUUCUCCUGCGGCACACGUUUCGAGCUUGGACCAGUGGGCUUUUGAACUUGUGCAGAGCAACAACCCUGUCCCCAACCGGACGCCGGCCGACGCAUUGCAGACAUGGCUCUUUCCGCUGGAAAACGACAUGCCCACGUCGCAUGGCCAGCACAACAUGGGCGUCGAUGGCUUCUUUGACCCCGAGACAUUUCGGGCACUGCAGGAAAACCAGGCUAGCCCGUCCGGCAGUAGCGUAUCCAUUGCAAGCAGAGUACCAAGGGAGCGGUUCCAAAGAGUGCAGAGUUGCUGGCCAUCUCGAGUUCGCAAGUCUUCGCGUUUGAUGCCCGAUCUCUGGCAGGGCCUUAUCGCGUGCGAUUGCACAAACAUCCUCUCCGAGACGGAUUCUGGGACCGCUGAAACGCCGCUCAGUGAAAGAGAACGCAAGACUUCACGAUGGGGUAUGGAUGAGGAGUGCAGGGGCAGGCUACAGAGCGCACUGAACAAUGCACCAACAGCGAAUCCCCCGCGGUCAGAAUCAUUUGGCGACACGGCAUCCUCAAGCGGCGAUGCUGCUGCAAGCCCAAGCGCCGAAGGCUUCCAGUUCCCGCCAGCCGAGAUUCUCGACAUUGCUUUGGAGAUGUAUCUCUACUACUUUCACCCCACCCUUCCCAUCAUUCACAUACCAACCUUCUCCGCCAAGAACGCAUCUCGGCCAUUAUUGCUGUGCAUGUGUUUGAUUGGCCUUAGUAUUCUAGGAACAGCGGGCGCCGCCAAGUUCGUUACACGGACCGUCCCGGCUGUUCUGCAACUCGCCAUAGCAGAGUUGCAAUCAUUGACAACGACAAAUCACCCACCACAUAAGCAAGUGCGCAUUAUUGCGACCGGCUUGAUGGCUCUCAACCUAGCCUCUAUCAACGGACGAAAGAGUCGCGUUGCGCAAGCCGAGAAGAUGUACGCAGACCUCAUGGGUUAUGCGCAAAGUCAAGGCCUUUUUUCUGUGAAUGAAGGCGCCAAGCUGGAGCCCCUUUUGGACGAAAUCAUCGAUAUCGACGCCAAGUGGAGAGCAUGGACAAAGGUUGAGUGCUGCAAACGAAUCAUAUUCGGUCUCGUAGAAGUCGACUGUUACUGGGCAGGAUACCUCUCAACGCCUCCCUUGAUCCGUCCCGACACCGUUCAUAUGUUACCUCCGUGUGAUUACGCAUUAUACCAUGCGAAUAGCGGCGCAAGAUGGUUCAACCUUGUCCAAAGAGGAGCAAGAAUUCACUCGCAAAAAAUAACGCCAUCUUUUCAUCCAACGCCUGGGCUGAAACUAGACAUGAACAGUUUUCGAUCCCUGCUAACACUUCUUCUACUACGCAUCCAAGAGAGCAACGACCGCUUAGCCCCCGCGACAGGGAAUCAGAAGCAACUAGAGCCCUGGCGUGUCUACGCCGAAGACGCACGAAGUCGUGAUAUCCUCCCCUUACUAGUAAACCUCUCCAGCUCUUCAAUCGACGCUGUCCGCACCGCAGACCUCAACUCGGCCGUUCUCUGGCACUCUUCGUGCAUGCUUCUCGGCGCCAACAUCCGUUACUUUGAGCUCGCAGCCGGUCGCUCAGGUCCCGAUUCAGCCGUCAACGCCCUUGAAGACAUUGCCGCAUGGAGCGUAACGCCCAGCGCGCGGCGAAGCGUCUUGCAUGCUGCCCAUAUUUACAAACUCCUCUUUGACCGCAAAGUCAGCGACAUUGUCAAUCCACACAGCGUCGUUGCCCUCUUCCACGCCGCUCUCGUUCUCGGCCUGUAUAUUUUCACCGUCCCGCCCCACUCCAUACCUCCCAACACCAAUGGCUCGUCAAACGACGCAUGUAUUGAGCUCCUCGAAUUCAUAGACUGGCUUUCUGUUGGCCAACUCGGCUUCAUCGACACCCCGCAGUCCCCUGUUGGCUUCUCAGAUACAACGCAAGUAGUCAAGUUUAUCCGUCACGGCGGUCUAUUCAGCAUCACAGGCAUCACGCUCGAUGCGGGAUAUUUAGCUGCGCGGCGCACGCUACUGCAUUGUGCAGACCUCAUGGAAGGCAUGGGCCGCUGGAAGAGCCGCACCUUUAGCCAGAUACUGCACAUCAUGAGCGACGACUUGACAGACUACGAGGCGCACAGCAACGAUGAUGAUGACGACGAUGAUGACGACAACGAAAUGCAAGAGCGAGACGCAGAAGAUCGAGAGAGGAUGCGCACGAGCAGCACAACACUGAUUCCAAUGGGCGAUGAUGUCAAGGAAAGUCUCCUUGCGUGACGGUUCGUGUCUCCUUCUCCACACGUUCGUGCGCAUACUUUGUUGCAAGAUCUGUGGGGGAGGAGAUGGAGAUGAAAUGAUAGACUUUGGAUGCUCGAAUCAGUCUUGCAUGAAUAUGGGUUGGCGAGGAGUAGUAGUGAGAAGAGAAAGGGGGAUACUCUGAUGACGGCGCUAGUAUCGUUGUUGCCGUCGUCAUCUUCGUCGCACACACAGACGAAGCUCAA